AUGUCUUUCAUUACCUCUAGACCGAUCCAGUAUCGUAUUUACGGCUACACAUCCGCCGCUUCCGGCGAGCAACCCUACCAAGUUCUGCAACUCCAACUGCACUAUAUCCGCCGUGAUAUCUCUGUUUCUCCGCUCUCUGGAGUUACGUACCUUCAAGAAACUGCACCGAUUCUACUAAGGAAUCUUCUGUUCCCGCUCCCUCUGCAAGAACUCCAUGAUCCGGUGAUUCUCCAGGUCUACGUCGCACAGUUGCUGUCCUUACUCAACGUCCGCUCCCCCGCAUGCGAAGCCAUUGCUGAGCGCAUCGUGUCGUACACCAUCCUAAUGGCAGGCGGAAACAGAGAGACGAGUUUCCACACAGUCGUGGAUCUCGAUUUCAUCCGACUGAUCACCUGGAUGGAAGAAAACCACGGAUUGUUCCAGGGAUGGAGCAAUGGCAGUGCAGAGGGGGAGGAGACGGUGAUUCUGGAAGAAGCUCGGCCGGUGACGGAGAAAGUGGAAGAGAAUGGGGAAGAGAUGGGGGAUUGCAGUAUCUGUUUGGAAGAACUGAAUGGGAAUGGGAAUGGCGAAGGGAAGAAGAGGGAGGAGGUGAUAAGGAUGCAAUGCGGGCAUGUGUAUCAUGAGUCAUGCAUCUUCAACUGGCUACACCAUAACAGUUCAUGCCCCUUGUGCAGAGCCCCAUUGUGA